AUGCAUCUUAAUUGUCCUCAACUGACGGGAUAUGUUCUGGAUGAUAUUGCCACGACUUCAGGAGCACCCCGAAACAAAGGCUUCUACGCUUCAAUGGCAGACAUUGAUAGUAGAGACAUUGGUGAUGCAUUUAUGGCAUUGUGCGCGACGACGCACGAGUGCAACGAGCACUUUCGGUCAAAAAGCCUUGCAGAGUUUCUUCAAGGUUUGAUGACACAACUUGAUGCUGACCCGAGGUCGACGUGUGCUGCGCUUAUAACCAAAGCGGCUGGGGACAAGAAUCGCGAUCCGGCCUUGAAUCUUCUACGGCGGCAUCUAACUGUGCUGCUCUCAAUCGAGCAACGGCGCAAAAUUAUCCCUCCUAUUGUGCACAGAUUUUGUCGUUGUGGGUCAAAGGAUAUCAAGGGUAUUAACACACUUUUUGUCGAGUUUCAAUAUGCCGUCUUGGUUUACAACAAGCGACGGCACUCGUGCAAUAGUUUCAAAUGGAGAGAUGAGUUCACUUGUCACGCAUUACUGUGCUUUUCGAAAGAAAAGUCAGCUGUAUGCGACCAACUUCGAGUCGGAAGCUCCUCUGCCAACGGCAUUAUUUACGAGGUGGACGAAUGUUGCAAUAAACGUGCAAAGAUUCCUACCCAAGCAAGCGUCUUGUUGUUGAGCGCUAAAUUAAACCCGGCCGCACAUUACACAUAUGCUGAGUAUUUGAUGAAAGCACUGGAUGGCAACAAGAAAGAGUUGGUUGCGUUCAAGUAUGGCUCUUCUGGAAUAACUAAUGGUAUCGAACUAGGCCUAAUAGAGGAACAAACAUGCGGCAUGAAGCUACUGUUGUCAUACGUGACCAAUGACGGCAAUUUGGAGCUUCUUGACAAGUCUUGCAUCGACGAGAUACCCCAGUUCAACAUGGAUAUGACUAUUGCGUUUCAGUACGCUUAUCUGCACACGGACGAUGCCUAUGACGGAGAUUACUAUGAAGACUUUUUUAUCUUUGCCGCGGAAACGCAGCGGCUUGCCUGGAUAGUUCGUUCGCGGCUCAGGCAUUAA